CUUCUGAUAGGUUUAUUCUUUGAGGAGUUUGAUUUAGGGUUUUCAAGGUAGUACUAGUAGGUCGUCUUAUUGUUAGUGGAAGUUAUGGCUAGGGCUCUACUUCAGUCAACAAACUUUCCGGCUGCAGUUUAUGGAGAAAGUAAUGGCAAACUUCGAGGAUCUUGGAAGACUAAAAGGACUGUGAAAAUGAUGUGUAAUGUGCAAGCCCCUUCCAAUAGGCUGCGGAGUUUUUCAGGCUUGCGGGGAUCCAAUGCUUUAUACAACAUAGGAAGGUCUAACUGUAAUUUCUAUUCCAAGAUGGCUGCUGCUAUCUCUGUUCCACGAGGGAAGGCCAGUCGAGGAGUAGCUGUAGCAAUGUUUGAGCGCUUCACAGAAAAGGCUAUUAAAGUUAUUAUGCUUGCCCAAGAAGAAGCAAGACGGCUUGGACACAAUUUUGUUGGGACCGAGCAAAUUCUGUUGGGUCUUAUUGGUGAAGGUACUGGUAUUGCAGCUAAGGUUUUGAAAUCCAUGGGCAUCAAUUUGAAGGAUGCACGUGUGGAAGUGGAGAAGAUUAUUGGUAGGGGUAGUGGAUUUGUUGCGGUGGAGAUACCAUUUACUCCUCGUGCAAAGCGUGUAUUAGAACUUUCCUUGGAGGAAGCACGACAACUUGGUCAUAAUUAUAUUGGAUCCGAACACUUGCUUUUGGGAUUGCUUCGAGAGGGUGAAGGUGUUGCAGCUCGCGUGCUCGAGAACCUAGGUGCAGACCCAAGUAACAUCCGUACGCAGGUUAUUCGUAUGGUUGGUGAGAGCACAGAAGCUGUAGGUGCUGGGGUUGGCGGUGGAAGCAGUGGCAAUAAGAUGCCAACACUUGAAGAGUAUGGAACUAACUUGACAAAGAUGGCAGAGGAGGGGAAACUUGAUCCUGUUGUUGGAAGGCAACCGCAAAUAGAACGUGUAACCCAAAUUUUGGGUAGACGUACAAAAAACAACCCGUGUCUUAUUGGUGAACCUGGUGUUGGGAAAACAGCAAUUGCUGAAGGGCUUGCUCAACGGAUUGCUAAUGGUGAUGUUCCAGAAACAAUUGAAGGGAAGAAGGUGAUUACCCUGGAUAUGGGCCUUCUUGUUGCUGGUACGAAAUACCGUGGAGAGUUUGAGGAAAGGUUAAAGAAGCUGAUGGAAGAAAUUAAACAAAGUGAUGAGAUUAUACUCUUUAUCGAUGAGGUUCACACUUUAAUCGGGGCAGGAGCUGCAGAAGGGGCAAUUGAUGCUGCAAACAUCUUGAAACCAGCUCUUGCAAGAGGUGAACUGCAGUGUAUUGGUGCCACAACAUUAGAUGAAUACAGAAAGCAUAUUGAGAAAGACCCAGCUUUGGAAAGGAGAUUCCAGCCAGUGAAAGUGCCAGAGCCUACCGUUGAUGAAACCAUACAGAUUUUAAAAGGACUUCGAGAGCGUUAUGAAAUUCACCACAAGCUACGUUACACAGAUGAAGCUCUAGUUGCUGCUGCACAGCUGUCAUAUCAGUACAUCAGUGAUCGCUUCCUGCCUGAUAAAGCAAUUGAUUUAGUUGAUGAGGCUGGUUCUCGGGUUCGGCUUCGUCAUGCACAAGUGCCUGAGGAAGCCAGAGAGCUUGAAAAAGAAUUAAGGCAAAUUACAAAGGAGAAAAAUGAGUCUGUUCGCAGCCAAGACUUUGAAAAGGCAGGAGAGUUGCGGGAUCGAGAAAUGGACCUCAAAACCCAGAUAGCGAAUAUCAUAGACAAAGGCAAGGAGAAAAGCAAGGCAGAGAGUGAGGCUGGUGAUGUAGGCCCUCUUGUGACAGAGGUGGAUAUUCAGCAUAUUGUCUCAUCUUGGACUGGGAUCCCUGUUGAAAAGGUCUCGACUGAUGAGUCUGACCGCCUUCUAAAGAUGGAAGAGACACUUCACAAGCGGGUCAUUGGUCAGGAUGAGGCUGUCAAAGCUAUCAGUCGUGCCAUCCGCCGAGCUCGUGUUGGGCUUAAAAACCCCAACCGGCCUAUUGCUAGCUUCAUAUUCUCUGGCCCAACUGGUGUGGGAAAGUCUGAACUGGCGAAGGCUUUGGCUGCCUACUACUUCGGCUCUGAGGAGGCCAUGAUUCGGUUGGAUAUGAGUGAAUUCAUGGAGAGGCACACAGUUUCCAAGCUUAUUGGGUCACCCCCUGGUUACGUUGGCUACACCGAAGGUGGGCAGCUCACUGAAGCUGUUCGUCGCCGUCCCUACACUGUGGUCCUCUUUGAUGAAAUAGAAAAGGCUCACCCUGAUGUAUUCAACAUGAUGCUUCAGAUUCUGGAAGAUGGAAGGCUGACGGACAGCAAGGGCCGGACCGUGGAUUUUAAGAACACUCUCCUAAUAAUGACAUCCAAUGUGGGAAGUAGUGUGAUUGAGAAGGGAGGUCGGCGAAUUGGGUUUGAUCUUGACUAUGAUGAGAAGGAUAGCAGCUACAAUCGGAUAAAGAGCCUAGUGACUGAGGAGCUCAAGCAGUACUUCAGACCAGAGUUCCUAAACAGGUUGGAUGAGAUGAUUGUUUUCCGACAACUGACAAAAUUGGAGGUGAAGGACAUCGCAGACAUUAUGUUAAAGGAAGUCUUUGACCGGCUGAAGGCCAAGGAAAUAGAGCUUCAGGUGACAGAGAGGUUUAGGGACAGAGUGGUAGAUGAAGGUUACAGCCCAAGUUAUGGUGCAAGGCCAUUGAGAAGAGCAAUAAUGAGAUUAUUGGAGGAUAGUAUGGCUGAGAAGAUGCUUGCAGGAGAGAUCAAGGAGGGAGAUUCGGUUAUUGUGGAUGUUGAUUCUGAUGGAAAUGUAACUGUGCUCAAUGGAAGCAGUGGUGCUCCUGAACCCGCAAUCCCUCUGUAAUCUGCCAAUACUGAUCUCCAAACAGUACUUGCAUCUUUAUUUAUACUCUCUUGGUCGAAAAGAUUUCCACUGGUGCUCAGUGAAAGUAGAAUGGUAGAUGCCCAAAUUGUAAGGUUGUACUUAUCAAACCAGGUAGUGCCCUUUAUUUUCUUCUCCCCUCCCCCCCAACCCAACCCAACCCAACCCCCUUUCCUUCUCAUGGUAUUAUUAAGAGGAUGUAAUUUAAACUGUUUCUUAGUGGGGGCUCGACAGGAGUAACACAUAAAUCAGAGAUGAAUUUAGGAUGUGUCAAAUAUGCUCUUGGAUUUGCUGUAAGCAGGGUUGCUAUAGAUUUUUCCGUUA